GACUAUCGGUAGGCGUGGAGCGGUUUUUAACGUCCCGGAGCUUGCCCAUUACUCCCGGUCACUUGACUGCGUUUACUGGCCAAGCCGCCUGGAACUUCUGCUCAACCAACCUUCACACACAACAGCCAUGAAAAUCUGGACAUCAGAGCACAUAUUCAACCACCCCUGGGAGACGGUGACCAAGGCGGCGAUGCAGAAGUACCCCAACCCCAUGAACCCCAGCGUGUUCGGCGUGGACGUGCUGGACCGGUGCGUGGACACGCAGGGCAGACUCCACAGCCACCGGCUCCUGAGCACAGAGUGGGGCCUCCCCUCCAUCGUCAAAGCCCUGAUCGGAGCCACGCGAACGCGCACGUACGUCCAGGAGCAUUCAGUGGUGGACCCCGAGGAGAAGACAUUCGAACUGAAAUCCACAAAUAUCACGGGCACUAACCUGGUGUCUGUGGACGAGAGGUUGACAUACAGACCACACCCACAUGACCCGGAGAAGACGAUACUGACACAAGAGGCGCUCAUCACUGUGAAAGGGGUCAGCUUGAGCAGCUACCUGGAGGGCGUCAUGGCAACCUCCAUCUCUGCAAACGCCGGGAAGGGUCGUGAGGCCAUGGAGUGGGUGAUUCGCCGGCUGAACAUGGAGAUCGAGGAGCUGGCGGCCACCGCCCGCGGAACCAUCCGGGUCCCCAUGGCUGCGGCAGUCACAGAGAAAUGACCCCGCCCUCCCGGAGCGACCCACGCGCCCCUGCAGGGUGGCACUCUGCUCUGACGCCGGCACAGCCUCCCUCUGUGCCACCUCACUGCGUGUCUACAUUAGAUACCGGCUGCAUAUCGCGGGUGGCACAGAGGAAGGCUGGCGGGGCAUUACCGGGGCGGGCAGCUCUGACUCUGCGCUGGCACGCGCCCUGAGAAAGCUGGCACUCUGCGUCACAUGACCCAGGCCUCCUCCCGCGCCCGUGGCGGGCGGGCAGACGGACGGACUCAAAAUGGCGUCUCGGGCUGAAGUCCUGCGGCCCCACAGGCCUGUUUAUCCGAAUUUAGCACUUAAAUGCUUAGUGUGAGCCCUCCACUGGCUCAGGGGCCCACGCGUGUUCCCCAUGCUGAUUUGGCCGCUGGUGGAACGGACGCCACAGAGAGGCAGGUGCAGAAGCAGAAGCGCUCUCCUGAUCUCUCUCCCGCCGUCUCCGUCUCCCCGUGCAGACCGCCGUCCCGUGCGGUGCGGGGCGGUGGGCGCCGGGCCGACGGGUUUCGUUUCCUCUGAGCACUUGCUUGACCCCUGUGUGAGGGGAGCGGGCUGGAGCCGGCGUAAACUGGGCUGUGGAAGACCAGCGCAGACCCGCGCAGCGAUGCCGCAUGCCGUGUCGCAUGCCGCAUGCAUCGUCGCAUGCAGUGACGCAGCCACAGCCGGCUUUCUCAGGGCGCAUGUUUCAGCGCAGUUUCUUAAGCUGUCCAGCCCAACGCAGGCAACUGAAUGUCAAGUACUGUACAUUUAUAUUUUUAGAACUAUUAUUAUUAUUAUUAUUAGAACAAGAAACUGAAAUGAAGGGAACAUGACAAAAAAAAUUCUAAUUUCAUUUUAUAAUAGUAGAGGACCAUCUGGAAUGCAGUGUGAUGUUUAUGCUACACGUAUAGGCUGUGCAUGAUUUAAGAAGCGAUGCAUCAUGGGCAUUCUGCUUCUGCAUCAUGGAAAUUCCGAGCAUUCGCACUCAGAUGGGCGCAUGGGUGCAUUUUUCAAAUGCAUUUCACACGUCGCCCUGACCUGACAUGGGGAGCAUCUCCGUGUACACAUUGGGCUACACAUCGUGCUACACAGCAUGCUACUCAGUAAACAACACAUUGUGCUAAACGUGCCACUCGGCGUGCUACUCAGUGUGCUACAUAUCGCGCUAUACAUCGUGCUACACAUCGUGCUACACAUCGUGCUACACAGCAUGCUACUCGGUGUGCUACUCGGCGUGCUACACAUCGCGCUAUACAUAGUGCUACACUGCGUGCUACACAGCAUGCUACACAUCGCGCUAUACAUAGUGCUACACAUCGUGCUACACAUUGUGCUACACAUUGUGCUACACAUUGUGCUACAUUUCGUGCUACACAGCAUGCUACUCGGUGCACAACACAUUGCUAAACAUCGUGCCACUCGGCGUGCUACACAGCGUGCUACACAUCGUGCUACACAGCAUGCUACACAUUGUGCUACACAUCGUGCUACACGGUGCCCAUUAUCUGAUGGUGCUCUGCUUUAGCCCUUGUGCAGGCUGUGCCCAUGAUCAGAGCUGUCUCUCUCAUGCACUUUAUUUAUGGAAAUAGCUGCCGGUUAUUUAUUUAUGGUACUGCGACAGGCGAAAUGAGCUGUAUUGUUACAAGCGGUUGGACCACUUGGUUUUUCCAAAAGUGACUUUCGCACAAGAGCAAAGAAAAGAGGAAAAAACUGACUAUCAGGCGUUGUUCCUUAGUGAGAUUAAUUACAGGAA